AUGAGUGAAAUGGAAAUUGAAACUCAAAUGAUUAACGAUGAUGACAUUUCUAUGGAAGCAAAUGUUGUUGUUGAUUCUGCACUUUUAACUUCAGAUAUUGAUAGUGCAAUUGCUGAAGAUACAGGUAUUGCUAACGAGACUGUUCAAAACCCAUCUCUUGCUAUUGAAAAUUCCCCUGAACAUUCUUCAGGAAAUCGUGCCCGUAAUUCGAAAAUUUCUUCUCGCAAAAACUCUGGAAAAAAAUCGGGUAAUAGUAGAAUUUUAUUCUGCCGUAAAUGUGAAGGGCAUAACAAACAAGUUACAUUAAGAGGUCAUGCUAGUUAUUGCCCAUAUAAUAAAUGUACAUGUAAAACGUGCGCACAUGUUAUGUCAAUGCGUGCUAACGCAAUCAUACGUCGUUAUCGUGCUCGUGCUCAUGAAACCGGACUUGUUCUUAAGCCUGUUCAAUUUAAAAAUGGUAAUACACGCCUUCGUGUAUUUCCUAGAUUCAUAAAUGAUGCCGAUUGUCUACCUAUUCCAACUGAACGUUCACUUAAUGAAACACAAAUUAGAUUUCAAGAAGCUGUAGCAGGAAGUAGUGAUACAUUACCUAAAUAUGUACUUUUAUCUGACAAUCCUGAAACCAGAAAUGCUGAUCAAAUUAAUGUUAUUCAAACUAAUAACCCAGAAAGAAAACACGUAAUGCAAAUUGUUAGUGCUUUGAAAAAGGAUUGUCCAAAGGGAGAUAGCCGUCCAGAAUCUAAACAAUCAAAUACACAAUCACCAAAAAAUAGUAAUGUCAGUCGUUGUUCAUCUGAUGAUAGUUUUAUUGUCGUUGAAGGAAUUGACAUGACACCAAAAGGGAAACGUGGUGGUUAUAGAGGAAGAAAAGGAACUCCAAAAGAUAUAAAAGAUAAAAAUGAUAUUUAUAAAGAUAAUAAAAAUGAAAAUGUAUUUGAUAUGGAUUCAUCAAUAAGUGAUGAUGAGUAUAUGAUUAAUAAUUCAUUACCAAAAAAAGAAAAUUCAUUGUUGAUUGAGAAUGUUACUCAACAACAACCACCACCUGAUCCACAAAAUACAGUUCCUAUUGUUGAAAAAAAUAAUUCAUUAUUUAUUCAGGAAAAUGUAACAACACAACAAAAAUUUACUACUGAUUGUAAUAAAAAUAUUAAUUUAUCAGCUAUGCCAAUGCAACAAAAUGAUUCUACUAAUAUAAAUGUACAAACAAGUGAUUGUAAUCGUUAUCAAAAUAUUGGAAUUAACCCAUCUAUAACAUCAAUUAAUGAUUAUAAUUUAUUAAUGAAUAUAAUGUCUAAUCAUGGUAAUAGUAAUUAUCAAUGUCAACAAACAUCAACAAACAUUGAUUUUUCAUUACAACAACAACAAUUACUUGCUAUUUUACAAAAUAAUGGACUCAUACCUACUCAAGGAGGAUCAUUUACAAAUUUACAAGAAAAUGAUAAUGUACUUCAACAUAAACCUCAAUUACCAAUGAGUAUUUAUCAAAAACAGGUAACAAAUACUUCAUCAGGUCAAUUACGUCCUAGUGAAGGUAUAGAGAAUCAAAGAAAUGUAAUUUGUCAAAGUUCUGUAAUUAAUCAACCUUCUCUUCAAGUAGAUUUUUCACAUGAUUAUGAUCAAAAUCAACAACAAAUAAUGCCAUCGAAUAUUUCAAAUUCAAUUAUUCUUUCUACUUUAUCUUCAAAUAAUACUAACUAUCAAAUUCCAAUGAAUCAUUCACUUAUUCAAUCAAAUAACAGUUUUCCAUCUAUUGGAAAUACUUCUUCAACAGAAGACAUUUUACGUUCAUAUCUUCUUCAACACCAUCAUCAACAAAUAACUGUUCCAUCAUCAUUAAAAGUGUGCAAAACUCUUUGCCUUACUAGUGAAGGUCAGGCUCUAUUUGAACAACCAAAAUUUAGAAAAUUUCUUUGUAUGGUUUCUGAGCUUGAAAAAUCAAUGAUAUAA